AGCUAGUGGUCAUACCUCCAAACAUCACAAUGUAUCCAACAUGGGAGAGAGAUUUCCUGGAUUCCCAAGUCAAACUCACAUGCAUGCUGAGUGGCUUCUAUCCAGACGGACUGACCGUGAGUUGGGACACAGACAGCGAACCCUUACUGGACUCUGAAUCCAUUCAGAGGACGCUCAAAAGCACCAGUAAAAGCCCGAGCUUUACCCUAAGCAGUCAGAUCGAGCCAGACAUGACCCAAUGGGAGAGUGGCUCCAACUUCACUUGUACGGCAGUACACCGGAACAUGAAGCACAGCCAGUCCAUUAACAUCUGUAAAUUGAUACCAAAUAUGCCCCCUGCUGUUCACCUGGAGACUCCCAGUUUCCAAAUCAUAGAGACUGCAGUGUCCCAGAUAACAGCCACCUGCUCUGUGCACAGUGUGGUGAAGGCGUCAGUGACAUGGCUCCUGGAUGGACAGCCCUCUGCAUAUAAGAGCUAUGAAACAGUCAAAAGUACUAAUGUCAUCAGCUACCUGGACCUGUCCCCUCAUGUGUGGAAAAAACUGUCUUCCCUCACCUGCAAAGCUGAACAUAUCUGUCUCCCCACCACAGAGCAGAGGGUCGAUAUUUCAGAACCUCCAGUUUCUGCUCCAGUGGUGUCCAUCAGGAGGUCUCUUCCAGAUUUGUUGAAGGGCGAUAGGGCUGUGCUGGAGUGUGACAUCACAAGCAUGUCCUCUGCUGACCUCUAUGUGACCUUUCAGUCCAACGGGGUUGAUAUUUCCUCUAAAGACUUUGUCCAACUCCCUAAGGGCUCUGGCCUUCUUUCGAUCAGCAGAAGAUUUUCUGUCCCUAAAAAGCACUGGACCAAAGACAAACAUUUCAGCUGCAAAGUGAGCCAAGGUUUUUCUCGGAAAGUCACCUCCACACCCACAGGAAGCAUCUUUGUGGAGCCUUCAGUCAAGCUCCUUUUGGCCCCCCGUGACGAGUCAGGAAAUCAGAUGCUCUUGUGCACAGCAUGGGGCUUUGACCCGCACAUUGAAUGGAUCUCUGAGACCCAGAGAUCCAAUGGAUCAAAAGUGUCCAUCAGUUUGAAUGCAGAUGGACGUGUGGUGGUGAGCAGUGAGCUGCAAGUGCCUCAAACAGAGUGGAAAACUGGAAAGGUCUACAGCUGUCAAGUGUCUGACAAAUCUCUGAACAGAAUAAGCAAGGAGAACAUCAGUGUAUGUGCAGUGGCACCACAUUUGAAGGCCCCUCCUGUGAUUCUGGUGACACUCCCUUCGUUCCAGACCGUGAUGACCUCCUCCACUAAUGUGACGGUCUCCUGCUCAGUGUGCACUGUAUUUGAGGCCACAGUCUCCUGGUGGAUGAAUGGUAACUAUGCAAACAGUUACUCAGUGAGGCAGUACGUGAACUCCACUCAUAUCAUCAGUGAACUCACACUUCCACCCAGUCAAUGGAAAAGCGUGGCUAAUGUGUCCUGCAGUGUAAAGCAUGCAUGCCUCCUCACCACAGACAAGACUGUCCGUGUGGAAGUUCCUUCAGACACUGCUCCAGUGGUGUCCAUCAGGAGGUCUCUUCCAGAUUUGUUGAAGGGCGAUAGGGCUGUGCUGGAGUGUGACAUCACAAGCAUGUCCUCCGCUGACCUCUAUGUGACCUUUCAGUCCAACGGGGUUGAUAUUUCCUCUAAAGACUUUGUCCAACUCCCUAAGGGCUCUGGCCUCCUUUCGAUCAGCAGAAGAUUUUCUGUCCCUAAAAAGCACUGGACCAAAGACAAACAUUUCAGCUGCAAAGUGAUCCAGGGCUUCUCUGACAAAGUCACCUCCACACCCACAGGAAGCAUCUUUGUGGAGCCUUCAGUCAAGCUCCUUUUGGCCCCCCGUGACGAAUCAGGAUAUCAGACGCUCUUGUGCACAGCGUGGGGCUUUGACCCGCACAUUGAAUGGAUCUCUGAGACCCAGAGAUCCAGUGGAUCAAAAGUGUCCAUCAGUUUGAAUGCAGAUGGACGUGUGGUGGUGAGCAGUGAGCUGCAAGUGCCUCAAACAGAGUGGAAAACUGGAAAGGUCUACAGCUGUCAAGUGUCUGACAAAUCUCUGAACAGAAUAAACAAGGAGAACGUCAGUGUAUGUGCAGUCACUCCACCAGCAUCUAAGGUUGUUGGUGUGUAUGUCCAAGGUCCUCCACUGGAAGAGCUUCAACAAAAUGCUACCAGGUUGACCGUUUCCUGCCUUCUGGUUGGCCCCUCUCUGGACAGUUUCACAGUGACUUGGAAAAUAAAUGAGCAGAUUGAGUCUGGAGGCGUUCAUGCUGAGGCUCCAGUACUUCAGAGUAAUGGCACUCAGACCCUACUGAGCCAGCUGAGUUUGUCAGCACAGGACUGGCACGCACACAAACGAGUGACCUGUGAGGCAAAGCAUCUCUGCUCCAACCACAUCUUUAAAGAAGACACAAGCAAAAGCAGAGAGCAAUUUCCACCUAUUGUAACACUGACCCACCGUGACCUCAACGAGCUAUCCCCUUUGGACCCUGUUUCUCUGGACUGUCUUGUCUCUGGAUUCUAUCCUCCGGAGGUCAUCAUUUUCUGGGAGAAGAAUGGCAUCAGGAUUCCAUCUUCCAGCCAAACUAAUGCUCCAGUUUGGAAGGACAAAGAUAACGUUAAAUAUUCUACAAGUAGUCAUCUGAACAUAUUCAACACUUUAGAUGAAAAUUCCACCUACUCUUGUGUUGUGAGGCAUGAAUCGUCACCGGCACCAUUCACCAGUACCAUAACAGAUGUUUUUGCAUCGAUUAUCCCCACCAAGCCCUUCACGAGGUUGCUAAAUGGUCAUAAUAAACUAGCUUGUCUGGUGAGCGGCUUCAGUCCAGCGCCCGUUAACAUCUCCUGGUUUCUGGAUAAUUCGACUGAACUUCGUGACUACAACACCAGUGAGGUUCUCUGGGGCCACGAUGGAAAAUUCAGCAUCCAAAGUUGGCUCCACUUGACCCCCACAGACAUGCUACCAGGGGCCCUCUACACCUGCAGAGUCACCCACGCAACUGGUACCUCAGACGUCCAUUUUAUGUCAAAAGAAAGCGUAGAGGAGUGUAACUUCCUGGACUACCUCCUGCACACGGACUUGGAGCAGGACACUGGGGUGGAGAGCUGGUACAUGGCCUGCGUGUUCCUGCUGUGUUUCCUCCUGUCUGCGGUCUACUGUGUGGGGGCCACUCUGGUCAAGUCUUCCACAUCUGGGAGGGCUGCCAUCCGUGGAGCUUACGUCGUGUUACUAUUGGCUACCUCUGGAGUGAUGUUCCAGCCUGAGCCUCCAUUGGCCAGGGCCCCGUGGCUGCCUGCCCCAAAAGAGUGA